GUGAGCGUGUCAGGGAGGCAAACCCAUGUUUCUCAACAGAAGGAGGUGGUGUUUCAAAGGAGUGGCGAAGAAGCAGUCAGAAAGAGAACUACUGUGGAAGAAGGAACAUAUCAGCCUUGUACUCUGGAUGGUGGAGUUGUGGAAUUAUUUCAGAAGAAUUAUUUUUAAAUUUUAAAUAUAUUUUUCUAAACUCAAAAACUGAAAUAACAGCUCGCUUAAGCUGUAAAAGAAGCUUACAAACCAAGAGGGAAAUCUGAGGAACAAACUUGGACUUAAAGAAACUUUUUUUUCUACUUCUCUUCACAACCUUUGAGAAAUAAUGAUCUGGGUUUUCUUCCCCAUCAUACUAUCCCUGGUUUCGUUCACCGGCACAUGGAUUGUCUAUGGGCUGGCCUUCUCAAACAAUCAUGUGUGCUCCUUAAGCGACUGGAGUGGUGACUACUACUGCAGAGGCAAUAGCUCCAAUGCAUGCUGCUAUGCUCCAACCAUCAGCGCAAGUGGAAUGAGUUCUCCAGAAAACUCCCUUUUUACUGCUACCAUCAAUGCUGGAUCCUUCCUGUUUUUCCUGUUCUGUAUAUUCCACCAUGCCCAUCUGAUGGAGAGACACGCCUGUUACUCCCUGUUGAGCAAAACUGCUCUGGUUUUUGGAGUCAUUUCAUCGCUGGGGUUGUUCGCAGCGGGGAAUUGUAAUCUUGAUUACCUGCCCCUGCUUCACUACCUGGGGGCAGCUGUCAGCUUCACCUGCAUCUGUUUCUACACCAUCCUUCUCACCGCCCUCACAAAAAAGUGUGUGCUGACGGGAUACGAAAAGGUUCUCUAUCCGCUGCGCGUUGUCUCCACUGUGGUGCAGAUCAUCGUCACCAUCUGCUAUACUGUCUUGUUUCCUCAAGAGGAAUACUUUUACAAACACAUCUCUGCCAUUUUUGAAUGGAUGCUGAGUGUCAACCUGGAGCUGUUUGAGCUCAGCUACAUCACGGAGUUCUUCUUCUUCUCGUCCUUCAUGAUUUCAAACCUGCUGGGAAGACGCGAGGAGGAAAAGCCGCUGAUACUGACGAUGUCGUGAUAUGAGACUGCCAGGGUUCAGCAGACAUGCACAAACGUGGAGGAUGGACUCAGUGAGACGCCUGUAACUGUUGUUGGACCCUGGCUGGAGGAUCAAAAAUGAUUUUUCAUUUUGUGAGACGGAUUAUGAUAAUUUUCAUUGGAUGGUCUUUCUCACUCGAUAUCUAUUUAUUGCUCUCAUACUCCGCCAAAUGAACAAUUUUCCUCAAAUACCAAGUUCCUUUUUUUUCAUUCAAGAUUUCUCAACAAAAUGACUAGAAAAUAAUAUUUAUGUGCAAUCAUCAGACUACUUUCAGUUUGUAGAGAAACAAAUAUGUUGCAUCGGCACUUUAAUAAAACAAUUAACAUACCAACAGGCCAAUAAGUCAUACUUUUCAUGCAAAAAAAUGAUGAUACAAUCUUGAUAAGGAACGGGGACGAGUUUGCCAACAAAAUCAUGAUGACUUGGCGAGAUCCGGUUAAACUGGAUGUUUGACGUUCCUUUGAGUUAAUUUGAGUUGUCACUGAAAACAGACGUCAUCGCCUGGACCUUCUCAUGUCUUUGUUCCACACGGUUUCUCCAGGCAGUUGCCUGAGGAUGUUUUAAUGUUUCUGAGUGUCAAGGAAACUUAAAGACACUCCCUUUUUUUAUCAGCUAAGACGUUGUUAAAAAAUAUAUACAUUUAUACUUGAUCUCCUUUACUUCAAGAAGUUGGACUGUACACGGGGAUGAUAGUCUAUGUUUAGAAGUAUUUUGUGUUAUGUAAUUUAGGGUUGUGGUGCAAGGGUGUGUAUUUUUCAUCCACUGGUUAACUGAAAAAGAAAAAUGAUGUUAUAAAAGAAAUCAACCUGAAUAAUAUUGUAAAAUUAAAUGUCUAUAACAAAAAAAGGGGUUUAGGAUGUUCAAAAUAAAUAUUGGUAAAUGUUUCAUCCUAAAAGUUUGAUGGCAAAUGAAAUAUUUACCAAUAUUUAAUAACCAGAAAGUUGUGGUUGUUUCUCAAUUUCAUGGUCCUCUAUUAUAAAUGCUUUUAUUUUGUAUUUUUGUUUGUGUGGAACAUUGAAGGUUCUGGAGCUAUUACAGUGUUAAGAGAAGAUCAUGAUUGCCAACAUGGAGAUGUUUCAGCUGCAGAUGUGCCAGUUUUUCCAUGUUGACUAUUUCCCACACAGUGAACACAUAAGAAUGAUAUAAUAGUUACAUUUUGGUUUUUAUUUUAGUAUGUUAACCACAUUUUAACCUUCACUUCUUCUUACAAACCCUAAAAUAAAUGGAAACCAACUAAAAAAGGUACAUCUGCAAUCUACCAGACUUCUAACACUAUGAAGAUUUUGGUGGUCAACACUGAAGCAAAUCAAUUUCCUUUGAAUACCAAAGUCGUUUGCCUAUUUUGCUAUUUAUUAUCGGUUGUUCUUUAUUAUUGUUCUGUUUUUUGAGCUCUGAUGAAUGAAUCUCCACGUCAUGGAAUCAAUUAAAGUUCUAUAA